GCGAUGUCUUGCAAACAGAAAAGACGAAUAAGUAUACUUUUAUUUGUGGCAAGUGCUUAUUUUUACAUGUUUCAGCUGUGUUGUUCAGUAAGUUUAGGACAGUGGGAGGAUGGUUUUGCUGCACACCGAGCCUCUGCAGAACGGGAAAGGAUUAAACAGGACGAAGAACAAGUUGGGCAGGUUAUCGGGGGCCCUGAUCAGCGCGAAUCCAACGACCCGGGUCUUCACCAGCCUCAGCCUGGAUCCCAAGACUCACAUCCACCUGUCAGUGCACCAGAACUUAAUAAGUCCGGCUUCAACUCUGAGUCCAAGAGUUUUUCGUGGAUUACUGGGAACGUUAACGUGGAAUCAAAGUCCUCAGCUCCAGAGUCUGUACAUGGAUAUCAAGCAGAUUUUACAGGUUUUCAGGGGAAAGUUUUGGGCCUAUCAUCCAGUCCGCAUGUCUCUGAGUGGCAGGCUAUGAGGCCUUUGGUGGAGUGCGACCAUGAUGCCAUGAUCUUCACUGCCUCCAGUCAAGGAUUCACACACCUGUUAGUGGACAGAGGGGGAGCCUCUCCGAUCUCAGUGUUUCAGUUGCCUCCAUACUGUGGUUACUCUGUGAGGACCUCAUGGAGUGGCCUUGAGAUGAUGGUACCAUAUGAGGCCUGUUACAUUACCCAGGAGAAUGGCAGUUACAUUCUGCCCCUGCUGUGGUGGGGAAGCCCGCUGAAGCUCUCCUGCCCGAUUCAGACGUCAACUCCUACCCCCUCGUUCCCUCCUCCACUACCCUCAGUUUUCUGCUCCUCCUAUGGCAUGGCAGUGCAGAUACAUGCGCAGGAGAAGGACAUACCUCAACUGGGAGUGAAAGUGAAUGGGGCUUUGCAUCAGUUUGUAUCUGAACAGUGUGCGUACUAUGUCGACUCCCAGUCUCAGGAUCUUACCUUCUUCAUCUACUCCAGUGCUCCUUGUUUCACCAGUGGAGAUGGUCUCCAGCUUGAGCUUGUAUUGGAUGAUAACGAAUACAUUCUUUCCUGCCCAGUCAGUCCUCAGUUUCCCUACGCCCCCUCUACACCUUGGUCUCCUCCUUUGUCUCCUGGCAACCCUCAGUUCCCCUACAUCCCAGAUCCUGUUAGACCUGCAGCCACUUCCGCUCCUCUGCCAACCCCUUCUCCGCCUCCAACCCAGGAGCAGAUUGCAAAAUUUCCUGAAUAUCCCCACUACAACUAUCCUGGGCUACAGUUCCCACAGCUUCCCCAGCUCUACCCUCCUGGUCCACAAGCCAAAGAGCCACCUCAGCCCACUGGUGACAGUCCUCCUGGACCCCAGCCUGAUAUUCUUGGGCACCAGCAGUUCCUCUACCCUGGGGAACCUGGAAAUUUGCCUUACUCUCUUGGCAUCCCCUGGAAAUAUCCUCCUUUUCACUACCAGUCUCCUGUCACGACACUGGCCAGACCUGACCCCAAUCUUGGUCCAGCGCAGGAUCGUUCUCCCCAUCAAGUACCUAAAUUACCUCCACAGUAUCCAUUUGGUGUACAUUACCCCCACAUGUCAUUCUACUACCCAGCAGUGACACCAGCGCCAACUCCUCCACCUCAAACCACCACCACUACUACUACUACUACUGUUCUUCCAGCUACAACACCAGCCAAACCUCCAUCUUAUGCUUUUUACCCUCAGUACUAUCUUCAGAUGCCUUACUAUCCUGAACCAGCAAACCAGCCACCUGCUCCUCUGCCUCCUGUCCCGCCGCCUCCUCCUUCCCCUCAGUCUAAACAGCCUGUAGGUUAUCCAGCUGCUUCUUACGACUCUUAUUAUGGUUAUUGGCCAGUGUCCUACCCAAAACCUUCUGCUUUACAUCCUGCUGCUGCUCCACCACUUGGUCCGGCAAAAACCACCACGGACAGUCCCGGCUUUUUCUCGAGUCUGUUUAACUUCCACAGACCCAUUUACUCACAACCAGCUGCAUCUCCAACACCUCAGAAACCAGUAGUUCCACAAGACAUCUGCCUGCCCUACAGUCACACCAUUUGUAGCUAUUACUCUUAUCCUUACUAUCUUUAUCAUACACUCUACCCGCCACACUACAUUCCACCCUACCCCCCUCUGCCUCAGUAUCCAGAGAUUCAACCACCAGUGACAACACCAAAGCCUUCCACCAGCACCACCACCGCUACUCCCCCCACCACAAGCUCUACAACCCAAGCUUGGCGCUCUCCACAGACUCUGAAUCUCCAGUGUAUGACGGGGAGGAUGGUUGUCUUCCUGCCUUUUACUCACCCAGACUCCAUCCAGGUCAGAGACCGAACGGAUAGAUGGCUGUUUCUCUCCAGUGUGUCUCCACUUUGUGGGUACAUGCUACAGAUGACUGAAGGUUUUGGGGUAAUUCUCCACUCUCCCCUGCCUGCUUGCCACAGCCAGUUACAGACUCCCACAGCAAUUUCCUUACCUAUAAGGUUUUGGGAUCUCUCCAUGGCGCAGUAUAGGACUCUGGACCUGCAGUGCCCGUUUCAAAGCACCUCUGACAAUCCAGCUACAGUUACCUCACUCACCACACCGACCCCACCAAGCACCACCAAGGAUAGGAUCAGCCCAUCUGUUACUUCAAGGACUAAAGUCUUCUGCUCUUCUCAUCAGAUGACUGUGGCGCUCCCCUCUGGUCCCAUUUCAGAAAUAGUUGUUAAAGAUAUCAAGGGGAACCAAAAGAACCUCAAGGAUGUCCCAAAGCAUUGUGGGUACUCUGCAAGCAAAGGCAAAGAUGGCAAAAUCCAUUUGAAUCUGCAGUUGCACUCACGCUGCCACAUGAGUGUGCAGGAUAAGCUGUACAUCAUCACUGUCAUCUACAUGACAGUAAAUGGGAAAAGGGAGUCUCAGUUUUCCUGUCCAGUUGCCAUCCCGGGGCCCAGGCAAGAGUGCAACCUUCCUCGUGAACAGCAUCUCCCCUGUGGAUCCAGCGCUCUAUCCCAGACACAGUGCCUCUCCAUAGGCUGCUGCUUCAACAAGCACCCCCCUGCCUGCUACUACCCCAUGGAUGAGUGCACUAUUGACCGGCACUUUGUCUUCUCUGUGCCCGCCUCCAUCACGGAGCCCCCUCUUUCCCCCGCCCUGCUUGUCGCUGCCAGCAACUCCACCUGCAAACCCCAGAAAGUGACUUCUGACUACGCCUUGUUUAAGAUCCCGAUGGAUGGCUGUGGGACACGCAGAGUGAUGUUGGGGAAAACUGUUGUCUACAUGGUAGAAGUCAUCAACAUGGUUAAGACUAUCAGCCUCAACUACGGCACCAUCACAAGAGAUUCUCCUGUCAGGCUGCUGGUGGAGUGCAGGUACAUGCCAGGAACGGUUCUGACUGUGAGCUACAUGGUUAAAACUCCCACCCUCGGUCCUGAAAUUCAGUCUCACGGGGCGUUUGGAGUCCAGCUAAGGAUUGCUGAAGAUGACCAGUACAAAAGCUACUACCCACAGUAUCACCAGCCCUUGAAGAUGAUGCUGGGGAAGCCUCUCAAUCUGGAAGUGCGGCUCCUCAACUCUCCAGAUCCUACUUUAGUUCUGCUGGUACACUUCUGUGUGGCCUACCCCCGCUCUGGAAAAGCUGUGUGGGUGCUGCUGUACAAUGGAUGUCCCAACCCUUUGGACCCAGUCCCCCCACAGGCCAUUCUGUCUCAUCCUCAGCCGCUCUCUCCUGAUGCUCAGACCCGUCGCUUCACCAUCAGAACCUUCCAGUUCCUUCCUGAUGGUGAGUUUAAGGACCCGAAUGAAGAGAUCUACUUCAUGUGUUCAACUGAAAUCUGCUCGCCACGUGAUGGUCCUUGUGUUGAAGGAUGCUUUGGCCAGUGACGGCCUCAGCUAUCACUCAUUUAACCAUCAAUAA